AUGAGCAAGACAUUGCAAACUAAGAUCGGGGGAUCCCGUUCAAGCCAGAUGGUCGAAGUCGUGCUUGUAGUGGUUCUGUCUUUCCUCUUAUUCGAUAGAAAGGUACCUAUAACAAAAGAUGAGGCUGAAUUCGCACGGAAUCUCAUGUCAUAUGGAGAUAGGAAGUUCUGCUUUCACAGACACCUUCCGCUGCCGGGCCUGAUAUGCCAUGGACUGUGCCGUCUCUUUGCAGCUCUGAACAUUCCUCUGCUCUCUCUUGCUGCCGAAAAUCCCAGGCUGGUUAGCUUUACCCUCUUCGUCGUAACCAUGCUACAAAUAUCCUGGCUGGCACAGGAGACAUACAACAGAAUGGUAUCGCGGAUAGUGGUGGCAGUCCAUACAAUAGGCCUGUUGAUCAACACCCAGAUCAUGUUCCUUACAAACGAGAUGUUCUCAAUAUGCUUCCUUGCCAGCGCUAUUGUUCAGCUCAAGAAGAGACGCAAUGCUAUCUCUGGCGCUCUACUCGGCCUUUCCGUGGCAUCCAGCUGGGUCUCCUUAUCUGUCCUGCCUCCUCUUGCCGUGUUCCAUGGAAUCAGCCUGUUUACGUUCAUUGUGGAUCCAAGCAACAAAGUGUGCAAGGGUGCCCUGAGGGCUGCCAAGGGGGUUGUCGCAUUUGUGCUUGUCCCUGCCUCCGUGUAUGCCCUGUCCUUCCUUGUGCAUUACUCCAUACAGCACCAGCACACUGCCGAUGCCAGAGGAUUCUCUAUAGAGUUCCAGGCUGCAUUGAAAGACAGCAUCCAGGAGUCGGCCGACAAGUAUCUCAUGGACAGAAGCAUAAUCACCAUUCUAAACCAGAAGCACAACACGUAUUUAAACAUGAGAGCAGGGAUUCCUUCGUGCUCAAGCGAGAAGACCGAGGACUCCAUGUGGAUGGUAAUCAAGAUCCAUCCAAGCGAUUCCAACGGAAAUGUUGGGGAGCAGGACAGAUACAUAGGCCAUGGAGAUCUUGUGAAGAUUGUGGAGCUUGGAAGCAGUAUGUGCCUGAGGGUCGGGAGCGAGGAUACAGAAGACAAAUUCAGGAAAGUCCUUGGAUUUGUGCAGGAAGACAACGAUGCCAAUGAAGAAGACAUCUGGCAGAUAAUUGGAAGCGGCCCUGUUGUCAGUAGAAGCUCGCUGGUAAGAUUCAGACACUAUAAGACAGCAAUGGACCUAUGUGUCAGAAGUCUCCGGAAGCCUGAAGAAGACGGCGAAGACAAUAUGGAAAAGGCCGUAAACGGGUCUCUGUACAGUGAUAACAGGUCGAGGCUAUUCUACAUCAGUGAUAACAGAAAUCAUGAUUUCUUCAAGAAGAACUUUUCUGAUGGAAGGCCUGCAGAGACGGUUGCAAACUUUCCCCAGAAGAGCUUCUGGAAAAGGAUUCUUGAGCACCAUAGAAGACUUAUAAAGGGCUUCAGGCGACGGUGGGCUCUGGUAAGAAGAUAUGCUCUGCUCCCUCUCCAAAACGGCAAGACCCGCCAGGUGAAGCAUGAUAUCCUCUUUAAUGUCCUUACAAUGCUGUCCUCGUUCCUGCUUCCCAUGGUGCUUGUGCUGAACCACAUUUCAUGGAGGAAGUAUGGAAAAGGACUUGUAACAAGAGAAGAUGACUUCUUCAUAUGUAUGAUGCAUCUUUGUGCCGUUCUGAUCGAAACCACACUCAAUCUCGGGCAGGCACUUACGGAGGUUCUUAGGAUCUGGAUGGCAUUGAGCCUCGUGUCUCUUUUUGGCACAAGACCUGUCUUCCUUCUUUUCUCCGUCUUUCUCUCUUCCUCAAUGAGAUUUCUAAGAUGA